AUGAGCCGCCUCCCUCCCAUCGAGAAGUUCUCGCUCACAGUUCGCAAAAACAUUCGCGAUGAAUGGGAGAACAAAAAAGCCGAGUAUGAACAAAGGCUCUCUGAUCUACUUGGCGAGCCGUGGAAGAUCGAUAUCAAUCUCCAACAAGUCUGCGCAUAUGCCCAGGAUGGCUAUGCGAAAGAUUCACCUGGCUCAAUGAUUGCUUCAUACAUUGACGGCGUUUUGUAUCAGCUGGAUCGCUUCAUCGGUAAGUAUGGGGAAGAGGGCAAAACCGAGCUCAACACGAUUGCCUCGGCGCGAACCAUCUCCAUGGACCUGGACGAAGACAAAAAGUUUUCCUACUGCGGCUGCAAAAUCUCUCCUGCAGGGCAGCUGGUCAUUGUCUUUCGCGAAGGAUAUCUAGGCACCAACAUCGAUUAUGCUUGCUCUCCCGAGAGUCUCGAGGGUGCUCUCAACGAGGCUCCUGGCUCAGCGGUGACUGGCCACCGGCCGAUGAGCUUCGUCGCCCGCGCAGCCAUUCGAAGUGAUUGGGACACCGAGGUGGAAUCAAUCAAGAAAAAGCUUAGCGAGAUCCUCAAGAAGGACAUCGCAGUAGUGCCACAGUUCGAGCAGGCCUUUGACAAGCUCAGCGCCGCCAAAGACGCCCCGGAUGUCUGGGAGCGAAACUUGGGCCUGUAUCUCAAAUUGUACUAUGAGGGCCUGGUGCACUACCUCGAGUACCAGAAGUUCGGCGAGGAUGACAUGCUGUACGAAGCAUUCAACGAGAGCGUUGACAAGGCGGCGGUUGUAUUCCGCAUUGUCGACAAGGGCGAACUGAAGCACUCUACCUACAACGAGUGCGUCAUCGAGGAUGGCACGCUGAUUCUCCAGACUGUUUGCGAGUAUUUUGGAACUAAUGUCAACGACAUCGGCAACAGACUGAUGGAUCUGUUGGUGAGGCGGAAACCUGGCAGCUCUGGUUGGUUGAUUUUGGAACCGGCUUACAAGCAUGGAGUGCAUGCGGCCCACCGCUCAGUGGCCCGCCGUUCUGGAAACAUGCCGGUAUCCAAUGCGAACGCACUCGCCGAGAAUAGGGCAGCCGCAAAGCGUCAGGCCGUCACCACUGUAUCGGUUGUGACGCUCAUCUUCAUACUGUGGCCGGAGCGGUACAUUAUUUUUCGAAACCUUUGCCUGGUCCCUGUGCUGGCCUGGCUGACUUCGCUGGUGUUUGAUCUAAAGCAUGGAGCGUUGGAUGCAUGGGAUGGAGUCCCAGCUUGGUUCAAAAGAAUCAUCGGAGCAGAUGAUAACAGCGCCAGCAAUAACGCCAGCGGGCCUUCUCGUAGGGGGGCCCGACACCCACAGAGCCAGGACACAACAUUCCUGGAUUAUGUGCUCAUGCACCUUGUCGACACGGCAUCUUGGAUCAAGAGCGAGGCGUUGCGGCUGUGGGAAGUAAUUGGGCCGGUCAUGGGAGAAUGGAUUCGCCAAGCCCUCCAGCUGCUCAUAUCUCAAAUAUCAGCAAGCCAGAAUUCAUCAUCUACCUACGCUGAGAAACCGGCUCCAGAGUUCACCCAAUUCUAUGGCAUCUUAAUAAAGUCUCCCCGUGGCCCCAGCGCUCCUCCUCCUUUUGCACCUCCUUUUAGGAUGCGAGAUGCUCCGGAUAGGUUCAUUCCACGGGGAAAUAAGGAUUCGACCGCUCUUCCUUCAGUGCUCAGCGCUUGGGAUACCGAUUCUCGCCUGUCGUUCUGCCUGAUUGAAAAGGCGAUUUGGGAUGACAGAGAUUUAACACUGAGGAAUAAACUAACAACCGGCACGUACUGGAAUAUCUCAAUCCAGGGACGCGGAUACCCUCGCAAUGCGAUGGACAAGGCCGAGGUUGGACGAAUCAGCGCCAUCGAGGUGAUUGGGCUCGGAGAUGGUCAAUACGAUGCGUUGAAGAAGUCUCACAGGUGCCACCGGCUCCUAAACCAGGACUGGAAGUACACCAAGAUGCACUGGGACGAUGUUGACUUUGCCGUCAUUCUCGCCCUCUUGGUGCUUGGUCCAGCCGCAGGAACGAGAUGUGUCCAGCUUUAUCGAGCACUUUGCAAACUCAGAGCCGAGCAAGUUGAAGGCCCACGGCGAGGCGCCCCGAGCAUAGAUCCUUUCCUCAUCGCGGCAGCGACGGGGGGAUUAGCAGCACCAUUUGUGUUGCCGCUGAUGGCGGGUGGCCUCGCUGCCGCCGUGAUGAAGAGCCGCAAUGGCGGUAUGCCGGAGCAGAGAAAGAAGGCAUACCGAGGCCUAAUGGUUCAAUUCCCAGAAGUCAAGAUGCUCUUUGAGGAAGAGGAGAUGGCGCAGAGGGGAGAAAGUAGGGAGAAGAGUAUGGGAGAAGACGACGACGACGAGUGGAAGGAUGAGGGAGACGAUUACUACAACGACACGCUCAGCCCGUUUGAUUGGUAG